AUGAGCAUGGGCGUGGGAAAGUCAAGCCCGCCUUUGUUCAGGGGCGUGGGAAGCUAUUUGCGAACGGCCCCUCAGGAACUCCCGCCACUUUCUUCAAUUCUUAGAAAGACAGCCUCCGACUCAACCGAUGAUGAUGAAGACGAUGCUGACGACGCUGAUGAGGCUGAGAUAUCUAGCACUUUACCCGGAAACAGUGUUAGAAGCGUACAGAUUAAAUACAAAUGUCCAAAUAAAGUUAAACACAAGCCUCGAGGUAGAUCUUCAAAGAGAAAAGGACUUUCGUCUGAGCCCGUUGAGGGUCGCUCUUUCCAGCCAGCAAAAAUGAUGAGAGCCGCGACUGGAAGCUUCAGUUACCGCCGCAUUGUUCCUUCAAAGUACGAUGGUGGUGCAGGUCUUUCGUCCCCAAGUGAUACCGGUUCUGAUUCGUUUUCCGAUUCCCCUGGUUUGUCGAGUAAGAGAACCUCAAAAACAAAUUACAAAACAGCAACAAACGAAGAAAAUAUCCACGCCAUUAUUGAGCUUCAGAACUUCAACGGCAGUUGGUCAAGCAAUGCUGAAACUGAUAUUCUUGAGAUCCUUGGUAUCGAGACUAGUGGACGCCCGGAUAUCGUUGAUGGCAAUAUUUGGAUUACUUUGGUCGUUGUUUACUAUUUGGAAAAGAACAUGGCGGAUGAAGAGGGUACCUGGGCACUUGUUGUUCAGAAGGCGAAGGAUUGGUUGAGUGCUGAGAGUGCUUCUCCAGCGGAUAUGCAGAAGGGACGAGAAUUUCUCGGAUAUUAA